GGCCUUUUUUACAUUAUUCUUGUCAUUUCAAUUUCCAAUAUUUUUACUGUAUUGCCAAUGCGCCAAUGCCACACUCGAGGCACUUCACAAGAAGAAACACAAGAAGGAAGAAGGAUUUGGGAUUUGAUCCAUACAGUGUGCCCACCACAUCGAGAAUUAUGCUUCGGAGCUGCUGCUUGGUGCACCGUGGACCUGCUUGGAUUUGAUUGAAUCAAUUGAUUUAUUGCUGACGAUACGGAAAGAACCUUCAGCGCGAAAAGGAACAAGCGAAAAGGUGCUCAUUACUAGUACUUCAUCGUUCACCAAACCCAAAAUGGCGUGGUCUCUUGAGAAGAGGGAUUGGGAUGAUUCACAGGAAACGGGUGAAUAUCCAAGUGUUUACUUGACAGAGCAAUCCCAAGAACUUUCUCAGUUGACUCAGUCACAGGCCUUGUGGACGUCACAAUCAGCAGAGGAGUCUCAAACAAACUAUCGUGAGCUGAACCAGUGUCCAGCAUCCUGGUUGCAGCAAUGGGAUGAUGAGGAUUCGGAUCAAAACAAGUGCAAAGCACUGAAUGAUCAAGACCAGUCUGAAUGGAACUACCUUUCAGAACAGCAACAAGAACAAGAAUCAGCACAAGAGAAUGUACCAGGGGGUAAUUUUCGGCUGCCAGAAUCUGAAUUUCCCUCAUCACAACAGCGUUUGCUUGACGACCGCACCGUCACCACCGAGGACGAACAAGUGCAAAGAGGAGAAGCAGAAACCCUAGGAGAAUCACAGCAAAAUCUGGAGCAGCCAUCUUUGGACGUUCCUCCCAAUGAUCCUACAGUUGCAGUGGAAGUUGACCACAACAAUAGUGCUAACAGUGACCAGGAGGAGGAGGAUGAUCAGCUCUUGUCGCCCACGGAAGUGAUUCGUCGAGUUGAAUCUCUGACUCGCACCCUGGUCCAAGCCCUAGCAAAUGGAGAACUUCCCGAAAUGAAAUCUCGCAGCAACCAACGGCGACGAUUCAUCUUUCACAACAUGACCCAAUGCCGUGCCUUUAGCAACAUCCUCCUGGUACUGGCAUUUUGCCACAAUCUGCUGCUGUCCCAGAGAACCACUACUACACGAGAAGUAUACUACUUUUACGUGACACAUUUCAGAUCCCAGCGAGAAUGUGAUGCCGCCAUUGUGGAAGCGGCCAAUCUACUGAGGGUGCCGAGGUCCACUCUCGGUUUGUUUGCAUCACCCAAGGGCUGGUUCUGCGGAUGUAUUCAAAUAUUGCGAGAAGGAAGGAUUGCCAUGGAUGGGAAAGCUCUCUCGUCCAUUCAGGGGGCACCGAUUACUCAGGAAUGGCUGUCGUCCCCGACACAGCGAGAUUUCACCAUUGAUUGCUUGGUGGAUGCGGCGCAAGCCGAGAAUGAGGAUGAUUCCAGCACGAGUAAUACUCAACCUGCCGAGCGUCGGCGAGCCAAAUGUGUCCUUGUCAUUGAAAAAGAAGGUGUCUACACGCGGUUGGCAGAAGACAGAAUCUUCGAAAAGUACCCUUGCAUCUUGGUCACGGGCAAGGGAUUUCCGGACGUUGCCACUAGGAGUUUUGUUCAUACAUUGCAUCGUGAACUAAAGAUUCCGGUUUAUGGAUUGGCGGACUGCAAUCCCUACGGGGCCUUGGUCAUAAACACCUACCAGCGCGGCAGUGAACGUUUGGGUAUGGAUGGGGGCUCUCGAUACAGUGUUCCCAUUCGAUGGUUGGGGUUGAUGCCAUCACAGGUAGCUGACAUCGGUAGUGGCACUUCAACUGAUGGCGAUGAUGACAUGAUGGAUGAAGAGGCAACCUCUCGAAGUACUGGCAACCGCAGCAACAACCCUUCACUUCCUCCAGGAGUGUAUCAGCAACUCACCGAUUUGGAUCGAAAACGGCUAGCACAGCUGCUCGAUGAAGAUCAUCAAUUUCAUGGAUGCGGGACCAACCAGGACUGCUACGAGGAGUUGGAACUGAUGCAAGAGAAUGGCUACAAGGUCGAAUUGGAAUCACUGAACUGGCUAGGAAUGGACUUUAUGUCACAGUGGGUCCACGGAGCCCUCAUUGAGGGGGGAGAACAGUUGGCACGGGAGCAGGAGGAGGAACUGCAGCAAGCGCAGGAUGAAAGCGACGUCGACAGCCACAGCCAGGACAUGUAGCAGCAAGUCAAUGGCUGACGACAGUGAAGUCCUUCCUCUGGUAAGAGCUCCAUGGGGAAGGGAGACUUGGUGUGGGGUUGAUGCAAGGUUUUGAACUCUUCCAGCUGGUACGUACUUGGUGAUUUCCCUUUUCAUCAUACCGGUAGGUAGCGGCAGUCCGUAAAAGGUCAUAACGUAUCGUACGCAUUGUCUACAAGGCCAGCUCUGAGUGAACGCACCUUGUGCAGUGUGUGAAAGCUGGUUGCUGGCUCCAGAGCUAGCAACGACUACGGGCACUGCAGACUUCGCUCGAAAACGAAAUAGCAACGAGGCCCUACGAUGUAUGCAUACGAUUUUUAAAGAUUAGUGGGAUUAGAUUGGAAAGUCCGCAAACAAGGUUCUACGUGUGUUCCAAGAAAGACUAGAGCGAUGUGUUGUGCCAAGUUGUCGGAAGGUUUUGCCCUGAGCGAGCACUCUUAGGCGUCAGUGUCCAGUGAUGAUUGUUCAGGCGCGAAAUAGUCAAUCAAUCUGGUUCGAAUCGAAUAAUCAAUCGAAUCGUUUGUCGAGAUGUUCAGAAGGACGCCUCAAAAGGCAGGAUGGAAGAGUCACGCUCCAUGUUGACCUUCCACCAGCAAAUGGAAAAAUCUUGAUGCUACCAUUCUCCCUAUGCAUUCUUUGAUUUGUUUGCCUGUUUCAAUGCCUCUGCUUUUCGUUGCAGUGAAAUUGGAAAUAGUACUUGUUUCCAGUUCUCCACAAAGCCACGGUUGUAGAUGUUUUUUGGAAUAGGCCCUGGGUCUUCCAUUACUUCGUCCGAUGCGUGAUUUGUCGGUGUGUCCCCAUUACUUGGAGACUUUUCUGGUUGUGAGUUGUCGUUAGCUGUAGUUUCUUGCUGUUUCUUGACGUAUGCGUUGUACUUUUUGACUUGCUCUUUGUGCCACUUCCUCACAUCGCUCCACUUGUAGUGUUCGUUGGUUGUCAUUCCAAUUGACGUUACGUAAAAGUGAUACAGCAAGAAGCAGGACAGAGCAAUAGCCAUGACAGCCAUGAUUGUGAGAAUAGCUGCUUCCCAAAUAUGGCGAUGAAAAAGAUAUUGAAAGACAACGUAAUUGUUGGCCUUGUAUUCCUGUCCCGUGGACUUGUCCAGGAACGUAACUUCGUAGAGGUUGCUGUCUUCAAUUUCCCCCAUAAAGAG